GGGCUUUCCGCGACUCCUUCCAACAAUGAGUUAAACUGAUUCUCCUCCCCGAACCCUCCCCAUGUGUCAAUAACCACGCAUGGCAGCCGCCUGUGCACUGCAGCACAUGGAAAGGAUCUCUACCCGCUGACUGAUAAUGACUCAUUAAUGACGGCACAGAGAUGGCAAAGGCUGUCGUGGUGAAGGACAAAGCCUCGACGGCUGUGAAAGAGAAGAACAAUCUUAAUCAGACCAAAAAGAAGAAGAAGAAGGAAUUCUGGAAAAAGUAUCCGAAGAUCGCUGCGAAGGAAGAGAAGCCUACCAAGGUGACACAGACGCCUGUUCUGCCUCCCAAGACGCCCCAGGAGUUCUCAUCUAACUGGAAAGCUUUACAGACAUUGCUGAAACCCGAGAGCAGUAGUCCUGUCCGUGCAGCGACCACCCCCCCCAAGAAACAGGACAAGGGCUUGAAGAAAGAAGAAAAGGAGAAGGGAAAGCCCAAAACUAAAAAGGAAGUCAAAGUGAAUGGGAAGGAAAAAUCUGAGCCCAGACCUAAAACUGUAGCCCCCAAAGUCAACGGUCACGUGAAGGAGACCCUGACGGCUGACAAGAAAGCCAUAAAAGAGCCAGAGACUACGGAUAAGAGCAAAGAGGCGAGGAAUAAGAAGAAGAGAAAAUUACCUGAAGGUGAUAAACCCAUCAUGGACCCUAAAAAGAAGCCUAGUGAGGACAGCACAGCAGAGCCACCAAAAAUAGACCUGUGGUUUGAUGACGUGGAUCCGGAUGACAUUGAGGCGGCGCUGGGUACAGAAGCUGGUCAAAUCGCACGGCAGAUGCAAGGGUUACCAGAGAAAAAAUCAGAUGCUGUGGACAAGGUUCUAGUGAAGGACAGGGCGUUCGAGGGACUCACCAGGACUAUUGCUAUUGACUGCGAGAUGGUGGGGGUUGGCACUGAUGGUGAAGAAAGCAUCUUGGCGCGGGUAUCCAUUGUCAAUCAGUUUGGGAAAUGUGUGUACGAUAAGUUUGUUAAACCCACCGAACGAGUCACAGACUACAGGACGGCAGUGAGCGGGAUCAGGCCUCAGGACAUUAAGAACGGGGAAGAUUUCAAGGUUGUACAGAAAGAAGUAUCUGAGAUCCUUAAAGGACGUAUUUUGGUCGGCCACGCUGUACAUAAUGAUCUAAAGAUUUUUUUCUUGGAUCAUCCUAAGAAGGCCACUAGAGACACUCAGAAGUACAAACCGUUCAAACAAAGGGUGAAGUGUGGACGUCCGUCCCUGAAGCUGCUGUGUGAGAAUAUCUUAAAUGUAAAAGUACAGACUGGAGAACAUUGCUCGAUCCAGGAUGCACAAGCCGCCAUGAGGUUAUACACCAUGGAGAAGAAGAACUGGGAAGCCGCCAUCAAGGCAAAAUAUAACCCCGCCAAAAAGGAACCCCCAAAAAAGGAGUCGUCCUCAUCAAAAGCAUCCUCCUAAUCUGCGCUGGAGAGUUUAUUGUUGUUAUGGUGCCUUACUCGUCCAGCUCAGCCCCAGACUCCGGGGGAUGGGGGGGGGCGGGGGUUUGGGUCAUCCGCUGCUAAAGCAGGGACCAGUCCGCCAUGUCACAUUAGUGAUGUAUGGCCGCCAGUGUUUACAAUAAGCAUAUCCAUAGGGCCCCAGUCACCCGAUGGAGGUUCUUUUGUCUUCUGCUGCGGUCUAUGCGGUCUGCUAUGUAGUACCGUGCAGUCUACAUUUUCAUGUAAUGGGGCCCUAUGGACGAGGUACGCCACUGUGGGAGUCGUCUCGGCCUUCCAUCGGAGGUAUACAUCGGGGUCUUUUCCUGGCAUAUACAUGAAACAGAUGGUCCUAGUGUGAUGUGAACAGGGCCAUACACGCCUUAUGUGGCCGCUUCUGUAACAAUAAGACUUUCUAUGUGUAUUUUAUGUGUGUACAGAUUAUCACCAAUGUAGGGGUUCAAUGCGUGGAGACUUAUUUUCAGCACUGAAGGCUAUUGAGAAGCCGAUCUCCUUCCUUUUAAUGGUGGCGGCUGGGUGAGCCAAAAUGUUCCAUGAAUGGGGACUUUAAGAGGAAGAGAAGGACUGAAAACUUUUCUGACUUUCCAAAAUUCGCUUGUAAGGGUAAUGGGGGAAAAGACACCAUGGGAGAAAUGUAUCAUUCCCUCCAUGGAAUUCUGGCACAAAAAUGUGCAACUUUUUUGGUUUUACGUUUCCGUAGCCACUCUCUGUGGUUAGCAAAGAAGUUCUAGAUUGCUCAACUUUUUUUUUUUUUUAAAGUUGCAGUUUUACUCCAGUAGGGGGUGGUGUAAGAAGAAAAAGUGUAGACAAAAGUGUGUGCCAAAUUUUAUCAAUGUGCAAAUUUUUAUCAAUUUUGCACAAAUUUACCCUACCAUUCACACGUCCGUGGAAUGGGUCCGCAUGCUUGUCGAGCGA